AUGUGAGAGCUUGUUAAGGUGUGUUUGUACGUGGUGCCAGUGGUGACGGCUGGUGCCAAACUGUGGAUAUACAGAUUCUGCUAAAAAAUGAAGGCUCUGCUUGGGGUCCUGUGGUACUGCUGGCUUCUAACUCUCACAGUGGCAUCCGAGGCUGAACGCAUGCUACUGGAGGAUUUGUUUCAGGAGUACAACCUGAAGGUGCGUCCAGCUCGUAACUGGAAUGAGCGAGUGAUGGUCCGAGUGGGAAUGACUUUAGUACAGCUCAUCAGCUUGAACGAGAAGAAUGAAGAGAUGACAACAAACGUGUUCAUGAAUAUGGAAUGGACAGAUUACAGGUUAUCUUGGAAUCCUGUGGACUAUGACAAUAUUGAUGUUGUGCGAAUUCCUCCCUUAAAAGUGUGGCGUCCAGACAUCUACCUAAUCAACAAUAAUGAUGGUCAGUUUGACGUUGCCCUGUAUGUAAAUGUGCUAGUAAGAAGCGAUGGAACGGUCUCCUGGUAUCCACCAGCCAUCUACCGCAGCUCCUGUUCCAUAGAGGUGGAGUACUUUCCAUUUGACUGGCAGAACUGCACAAUGGUGUUUCGUUCCUACACGUAUGAUUCCUCAGAAGUGGACCUUCAGUACGGUCUAGAUGAAGAUGGCAACGAGCUCCAUGAGAUAGUGAUUGAUGAGAAUGCAUUCACUGAGAACGGUGAGUGGCAAAUUUGUCACAAGCCCAGCAGAAAGAACAUCCACGAUGACUUGUAUGAGGACAUCACCUUCUACCUGAUCAUUGAGAGGAAGCCUCUGUUCUACAUCAUCAACAUCAUCGUGCCCUGCAUCCUCACCAGUGUGCUGGCCAUAUUUGUCUUCUAUCUGCCACCUGGUGCAGGUGAGAAGAUGACUCUGUCCAUCUCAGUCCUCAUUGCUCUCACUGUUUUCAUGCUGUUGUUGGCUGACAAAGUCCCAGAAACAUCGCUUGGCAUUCCUAUCAUCGUUAACUACGUAAUGUUCACCAUGAUCCUGGUGACGUUCUCAGUCAUCCUUAGUGUUGUGGUCCUGAACCUUCACCACAGGACUCCCAGCACACACCACAUGCCCUCAUGGGUGCGAAAGGUUUUCAUCAACUUACUGCCCCGUUACUUGGGUGUGCUGAGGCCCCAAAUUGAGAAACCAGUGGAGGACGAGCCAAAAGAAAGUGUCCCAUUGGGUUGUCUGGACAAAGGUCUUAAACCUGGAGGUGAAUAUUUUAUCCGAAAGAUCAACCCAGAGCUGGUAUUGCCUUGGAGAGGAAGUCAUAACGAGAGCACAGUGAAGUUGCAGAGGUUUUCAAACAGUGACAACUAUUGUCUGAUUCUGCCUCCGAAUCUCAAAUCUGCAAUCGCCGCCAUCACAUACAUGGCUGAACAGUUGAAGAAACAGGAUGUGGACGAUACUAUGACAGAUGACUGGCAGUACAUUGCUGUGGUUUUGGAUCGGCUCUUCCUUUGGCUCUUUGUCAUCAUUACUACCCUGGGCACAUUGGCCAUGUUUCUGGAUGCCAGUUUCAACUACACUCCUGACCAACCUUUUCCAUGAGCACAUCCCUUAAAUGACAGGCACACAGCUCCUGAACACAAAACAUAGUAAGACUGUAGUUGGUGUGGACUGACUCUAGGGGGCACCAGAAAUCAUGUUUAUUUACCUUUCUUUCUUUCAAUAUGAUUUCCAUAACAACAUAUUUGUGAUUUUCAAGUUCUGUCAAUUCAUUCACUAUGCUUAUAAUCAUACAUUUACUCUUUAUUUGUCACUUAUUACAUACUGUAUUAAGUCACUACAUGUAAUAAAACUUUAGUAAUAUAUGAAUAAAAUGUUCUUGCCAUAGUCUUGAUAACCUGUUUCUUAACUUUUUCAUUGAUAUGAUGUUCAUAAAACAGAGAGAGCAUGUAAAUUGUUGCCUUUAUUAAUUUUUUUUUUUUUUUUUUUUUUUUUGUUUAUUUCCUUAUUAUUUUCUUUGAGAACUUGGGCAUCUCUAGAGAAUAUAUCAUAACAAUUAUAAUCACAUACAUUCAGCAUAAUCUUAACAGUCGUACAGUAUUUCUCUCCUUGGGUGCAGCUCUUUUCUGUCUGCCAGAAGUGGUUUGUUAAAUCCUUCUUGGAUCUGACUCGUCACUAAACCAUUAGGAUAUAAAGUCUGACAAGCAUGCCAUCACUCCAAGCUUUGCCAGUCUAGCUACGCUAAAGUUAAUGAACUGAUGUGCAGUCAAUUCUUAACAACGUUAGCUGAUGGUUUCCUGGCUGACACCCCUCUUUUUCAGCCAGUAAUUUUAAUAUUAACUUACAUUAUGUUGUCCAUUUAUUAUUAUUGUGAUGAACCACUUACUCUUGGCUAAUUCUCAAAUAAUAUGAGAUUUAAAACUUUAAAAGUCUGAAUAUACUGGCAGAGCCAAACUCGUGGCUCAUGUUUAGAUUACUUUCCUAAAGCAACAUGAUAUUGUUCAUGAUUACCUUACAGAAGCUUUUAUUUGGGUUAACAUUAAAUUAUUUGGACUUACAUGACCAAUUUUAUGCUCGUUUUGUAAUAUUUUGUGUUGGAUCAAUUUUUGUAGCAUGAUAUUAAAGUCAUAAUUGAUGU